AGGAUUAAAGGGCUAUACAUGUUUUGCUUUUGGUAGUGUGGUUUGACUAUAUAUCUCAGUGAUUUUAUGCACAAAAUAUUGGUUUAGUUUAGGUUAGGCGUUAGUGGCAAUACAUUGUGUUUAACUGCUAAAUUAUAUAACUUGGAUAUAUUUACUCAAAUCGCAUAAGUUCCCCGCAAACAUGUAUUUCGUCGAACCUAUACGAUAAUAUGGAAGAAAAUGACUAUUGCGUCAGGAGCAUAUCCCUGUCGUCCUGCGAGAAUGUGAAUAAUCAGCAGUUUGACAUGUGUCAUCAGUACUGUGACGGAGACGACAAGAACACAUCGUACCAAGAACAGCUUGAGAACGACAUCAGUUCCUGCACUUCGCAACCUGAUUCCGUUUUGUUGGACAACAUGCCUCUGCACGAUUAUAGCAAUAACAGUACGAACCCCAUGACCGGACUCUGCCAUAAUGUCUCAAAGAGCCAAAUUCUCUACAAGAAGUCUUCCAUUUAUAAUUCCGACGGAAUGAAGAGGAGCCGCAUUUUGAACGCGUAAGUAUAGCAAUAACAUUUUAUUAUUUUUAGUAUUAUGAAUGAAAAUAUAUUGAUUGAAUUAUCAGAAUAAGUUUAG